CACAGGGCGGCCCGCUUCAAUCUAACAAGGAAAUGUUUGUCCCCAUUACCCGGAAGAAGAGAAAGCAACCGAAAAGAGCGCUCGGAUUCAAUUUGAACAGAAGGCACCUUCGGGUUACACUAACAUUUGUUUAACCAGAACACCAAGUUCAAAUUUCCCCGACCGGGCGCAUCUCCACCCACAAGGAUGAGCUUCUCCCCCAGCCCAGCCGGCCCGGCGGGCCCUGCAGCCAGCCGCAGCAUCCAGGAACAGAGGGAGCGCUGGGAAAGGAAACGGAGCCGCACCGGCCGUGAGCUGGUCCAGACCGAACAACGCUACUGUGAACAGCUGGAGCUGGUCAACACGUACUUUGUGGAGAUUCUGAAGGCCAAAGGCACCCUGAGGCAGCAUAUUAGAGAAAGCAUCUUCAGUUCAAUUAAAUCCAUUCAUUCAGUAAACCAGACUUUGCUGGUGCACUUGGAGAACGGUUAUUUUGGCCGAGGCUUUGAGCAGUUCUGCCCUCAGCUGCAUUACUACACGACCUACGUGGAUAACAUCCACAAUGCCCGGAAGGUUCUAGGGGUGCAUUUAAAGAAGAACAAGGCGUUCCGGCGUUUCAAGAAGCUCCAGGAGGCCAGGCCUGAGUUACACAACUGCACACUGGAGGACCUGCUCCCUCUGCCCAUCCAGCGCAUCCAACAGUACAAGCAUUUCUUACGGGACUUGACAGAGAACACCAGUCCAGACAAUCCGGAGUUCCAACAGCUUUCAAGGGCAGUGAAGGCGGUCUCGGAGGUGUCCCAGCGUAUCCAGGACAACGCCCGCAGCCAUGAGAACCACCUGCAGCUGAGGCGUGUGCAGAAACUGUUGAAGGGGCGAAAGACCAAGGUGCAGGCUCCAGGGAGGUGGUACAUCCGAGAGGGCUGGCUCCGGACGGUGUCUCCCAGAGGGGCCGAGGCCAAGCCCAAGAUGUUCUUCCUGUUCUCGGACGUGCUGCUCCAGGCCAAGCCCUGCAACCAGCUCCACCCCACCCACGGGGACAAGUUCUCCUGCCAGCACGCCUACCCUCUGGCAGAGUGCACCGUGGACAAGGUGUUCGGCCACACCAAGAGCCAAGGAGGCCUGCUCAGCCUGACCUUCCCCAGGGCCCAGGUGCUGCUGAUGUCCUGCAACCAGGAGGACGUCAACGACUGGUACCGCAGCCUGUCCUCCGCUGUGGGGCAGCUGAAGUCCAGGAACACGGUGGUCCAUAAGAGAGAGGAGCUGACGAGGAGGCCUCUCCGCCCAGCCCCAGACAGCCAGCAGAGCACACCUGUCACACUCGCUCCUCCUGUCACUCCUGGACGGAAGCGGAACAUGACCAGUGGAGAGGCGAGAGAGCGUGCCCAGAGCCCAGACCGCCCCCAGCCUGCCUCGGCAGAGCCAGAGGGCAGCGCCAGCAAGAGGAUGAGGCCAGCAGACGCACCGGCGGAGAGUGUCCCAGAGCCAGCCGGCUCCACCUGUGUGAUCCUGUGAGGGGCGUCGGACCGGAAGACCUGCCGUACCGCCAUACACACAACCCCACCCUGGGGCGGAGAACAGGUAUCGGUGGAUACGACGGGAUGCAAAGAAAUCGAAACCUGGGUCCAAAUACUAUUUUUUUAAGGAUUUCAAAUGCUUAUCUAGGCUGCCCAACUAAGCAGAUGGGUCAGUCCCAAAGCUCACCUGAGAGCUCCAGGAGGUUUGAAGCAAAAAGCUCAACGUAUUUCUAUUUGAAAGCAUAUUUUUGAAAGCGUUUUAAAAACUAUUCGAGCCAGGUGACUCAAUGUGACUAUCAGGGUGCAGAUAGCUUACUUAUGUAUUUAUAUACUCUCGUACGCAAGCCAAAAGACACAGAUGUAAGCUGUCUCUCUUAAGUAACACUUUUCUUGUCAUUUUUUUAAAAUAUCUGAAGCAUUUUAAUAUUGCUACCAAAGAGGCGGUGUCAGGGAGCUGAAGGUAGGACCGCAGCAUGGCAGCCUUGUUACUCCUCUGUUGUGUGCUUGGCCUCAGUGUCAAAAACAAAGAAUUGAUCUCCAAAGUUUGAUUCGUUAUGAAUGUAGAAUUGUGAAUUCUGAACUGGAUGUUGCCAAAACAUCCAUUUUGGACAUUGUGAGAUACUCCUCAUGGACGUUAUAGACUCCACCUGACUAUGGUUUUAGGAUCAAGUUUUAGACAAUACUUCCUACAUGGUUGACAGAUGGCGUUUUUUGCAGCACUAUGCUGUAGUCACGAUUUAAAUCAUUUGUCAUUCACUUUGCUGCAUUUUCCAUUGUGUGUAUAUAGAAUAUAUAUGUGCUUGCCAAGUGUAACCAACCUAACCUUUUAUACAGCAAUAAGUCUUUGGGAGUUAUGGGAUGUGUAGUGCAAUAAUUGAAUGAGUGUUUGCAAGCCAGCUGCACUGUGUUCAAGUGAAUUACUACUACUUGGUCAUUUAUUGAUUACUAAAAUAUAUAUUUUACUACUUUAUGGAGGGGCUUUGUGCUUGAACUGUUGAGUGAUUGCCUACUGAUUCAAGAUUUUGUUUUAGAUCUAAGGUUGCAUGAUAUGAAUCCAUUUUAUAAUCAACACUUACAAAUCAGAGUAUCAACAGACAUCUGUUUUGAAGAUUGUUCAUUCUAUUUUACAGAUAAGCUGCUUUUAACACAUUUGAAAAAAAAAAAUCAGCAUAUCAUUUACUCUUGUCUUGCUGCUCUUGAAAAAUGUUACAAAGUCAACAAAAAUACUCUAUUGAAAUGUAUCAAUAAAACUUCUACUGAUC